CAUGUACACCAUCUUUCUAUCUUUCUCUCUGAUAUCUUUGUACUUCUUCCAAGGCUAUGAGAGCGCCUGUGGACCUCCACCACAUUACGAGAUGAAAUAUGCUGUGAGAGACGAAUCAUAUCCUGUGGACAAGCGUUCAAAUUCUGCAGCACUCAAAAUUACCGUUAUAUACACAAAAAAUUUUGAACAACUGAAAAAUAGUAGUGCAAUAAAGACUAAAAUAGUUCAACGUGCUAUUAAUUUCUGGCAAAAAACUUUAACAGUUAAAAAUACUACAACUGGUAAAAUUCAUUUUCAAAGGUACUGCGAAGGUGGGAGGUAUAACCAGCUUGCGAAUGGUACGAUUUUUUGCUGGCAAUCACCAUGUAGUUCAAGUGAAAAAUGCGGUGGUAUUAACGUACCAUCUCAAUAUUUGUCUGAUUGUCUGAAAAUGGAUAAUAGAAACAAAUUGACGACAGUUUACCAGAAGGGUUCAGGAUUAAAGGCAGAAGGUUAUUUGCUGUUUGUCGACAGUCAGAAUACAGGAAGCUGUAUAAAUCCCAGUACCAAUGCUUACGCUAGCUCAUGUCAAAUGGAUCCGGAAACAGAUAGACCGGUUGCAGGUUUCGUAAACUUCUGUCCUUCAAAAACUGUGCUGGAAUAUCCUCAGUCAAGGUCUUUGUAUGAUACAGCCAGACAUGAGAUUGCUCAUGCUCUCGGAUUUGCACGGAAAAACUUUGCAUUCAUGCGUGCACCUGAUGGAAGUCCUAGAACCCAGAGAGAUCCACUCACGAAAAUACCAACAAUCAGGGAUCAAUAUGGAGUAUACCAGCCAAGUAAUACAACAGUGAGAGAAAUAACACGUAGGUGGGUUAGUGCAGCUGGGACAUAUACGAAGACAUUCCCUGCACUUGUCACAGAAACUAUUAUUAGAGAAGCAAAGAGUCAUUUUCAGUGUCAAUCUGUAGAUGGUGUUGAUUUGGAAAACGAAGGCUCUUCCGGUUCAUUUGGCUCACAUUUUGAAGGCAGAGUAUAUUCGAAUGAGCUGAUGGCUGCUGCCUCCGAAGUGGAAGCCUUUGCAUCAAAAUUAACGCUUGCAUUUUUCGCGGAUUCAGGGUGGUACACUGUAAACUUUAAUUUGGCAGACAAAUGGAAUUAUGCUAAGGGAUAUGGCUGUGGAUUUGUUUCAAGCAGCUGUUACAAGUUCGCUUCCGACAAAAAGAAAAGAGGAGAAAGUAUUAAACCCUACUGUGAUAAGCCGGAUAUCGUUACAUGCAAAGAUCUUUAUUCAUAUGGUCUUUGUGAUGUGAUACAGUUCCCACUAACUCUGCCACCUGCAGAUCAAUUUUUCGGUCCUGAAGCAGGUGCGAAUUAUGCCCGACUGGGAGGAAAUGAUCCGUUUAAAGACAAAUGUCCAACAUUAGGGUUCCUAAGUUCACUUGGAAAACUAAACGUCACGUCAUAUUGUAGACAUGCAGAAAAUAAUGCUAAAAUUGUCAAGGAAUACAACACCUUUUGCAGUCAUUUGGAAAAGCAUUUUGUCUGCAGCAUACUGGAGCUUGGAAAUAUCAAAAAGGAUAUUCUGUAUGGACAUUAGACAAUUCAGUACAGGGUAGUUGUCACAAAUACACGUGCAAAAGCGGUGGUGAUAUUGAUAUCGACUUCAGUGGACAAAUUGUUACCUGCAAAAAAGAUGAAAAAGACAAAACUGCUAAAUUUGUUUUGGACGGUAAAAAUUAUGAAGUGAAAAUAAGAUGUCCUAAUGCAAAGGUAUUAUGCAAGACAUGAACUGGGCUGAAUGAAACCAUCAAGGGACCUUGAAUCGCAUUUCAUUAAUUAUUUUACAGAAAUCAUGUAUGCUGUGAUUAAAAAAGCUAAUAAAUUUGAUGUAUAACAAAA